UAGAAAGUUUCUUAGUAUGAUUUGAUUGUCAAAGAAGAUCAGUUUGUUUGCAAAAUUCGUCUUAAAAUGAUACCUAAAUUGCUUUGUCUAGUAUUUCUUGGGUCUAUUAUCUUGGGGAUCUCCAAUGGAGCACCACUAAAUUCUAAUGAAGAAGAAGCUCGUAAAUUUGCUGAAAAUGUUUCCAACUCAAUCAAAGCCUAUUACAACAAAUUGGCUGAAGAUACAAUGGCUUUGGAUACUGAAGAUUUCGCAUCAUUUUUUAUUGCUCUCGAGACGCUAUUGAGUAAAUCAGAUGCAAUUAUUGAAGUUGUUCAUAAUGCAUCGUUAUUUGAUCAAAGCAAAUUCCAAGAUGAAGAACUUAAGGGGGGGUUUCCAUAGCAUUUUAAUGGAAGA